GAGGGGAGGGGAGGGGAGGGAAGGGUACAGACAGAGGGAAGGGUACAGACAGAGGGAAGGAGGGUUUAACGCGCACCAUUUGACUGUUCCACGCGGUCUCGCUUCGGCCGCCAAGUGGGCUGGAGCGUCCGCACGUAUACCUUCUUGGUUGUGUUGUUGGCGUAGGGGACGUUUUCCGAACACGUUUGGUGAUGUGUAGGGAUAAUACGAGCAGGGAGCGUGAGAAUAGAGACGGAGGGAAGUUGUGGGGAUGCUGGUUUGCAUUCCAUCAUGGAGGAAUGUCGUCUUGAAUAUGGUGUUGAGAGAAGUUGGAGUUGAGAGUGAGUGAGAGACAGAGAGAGUGAGGUUUUGACGUAGGGGUAGUAGGUUUUGGCAGGGAGAAUAUGAGGCUAGGGGAUGAUCGGUAUAGUCUAAAGCAACGGGAAGCAAUGGUGUUUCAGGGUGCGAGAGUGGAUCCUGGUGUGGAAUGGGGGUGGGGAGGAGAGAGUGUGGGUCGUAGAAGCAUGAAGAUUAGGAUAGCCGGAGCAGGAGCAGGAGCUGGAGCAGGAACAGACAAGGGGUUUUAUUUGGAGGAUAGAUUUUUGAUCAAUCCAAAGUUGCUCUUUGUAGGACCUAAAAUCGGAGAAGGUGCGCACGGGAAGGUGUAUGAAGGGAAGUACUUGGAUCAGAAAGUGGCGGUGAAGAUUUUGCAGCCCACGAAAAAUCCUGAUGAUCAUGCGAAGCUGGUGGCGGGGUUUGUGCGUGAGGUUGCCAUGUUGGCGAGGGUCGAGCACAGAAACUUGGUUAGGUUUGUGGGAGCAUGUAUGGAGCCUGUGAUGGUUAUUGUCACGGAGCUUAUGGAAGGGCGAUCACUGAAGAAGUAUAUGCUUACAUUGCGGCCUAAUUUGUUGGAUUUGAGGUGCUCCGUGAAGUUUGCUCUUGACAUUGCUCAGGCUAUGGAAUGCCUACAUGGGAAUGGGAUCAUUCACCGUGAUCUGAAGCCAGAUAACUUGCUGUUGACGGCAGAUCACAAACUUCUUAAGUUAGUAGAUUUUGGACUUGCCAGGGAGGAAACUCUCGCUGAGAUGAUGACUGCGGAGACGGGGACUUACAGGUGGAUGGCGCCAGAGCUAUACAGCACUGUCACUCUCCGGCAUGGUGAGAAGAAACAUUACAACCACAAAGUGGAUGUGUACAGUUUUGCAAUUGUGUUGUGGGAACUACUGGCGAACAGGAUGCCGUUUGAAGGGAUGUCCAACCUGCAGGCAGCAUAUGCGGCAGCCUUUAAGAAUACAAGGCCAGCCAUCCCGAAGGGUAUUCAUGAGGACCUUGUGUUCAUCCUGCAGUCUUGCUGGGCUGAGGAUCCUGAAACGCGGCCUAAUUUCGCACAGGUGGUUAGAAUGCUGACCGCCUUUUUAAGCACUCUUCACGAACCUGAGAAGAAGCUUUCCAGUGCGCCAAAGAAACCUUCGACCGUGGACAACAAAUCUCUCACUGCAGAGAAGAAAUCAUCAAAGACGGGGAAGGGCGUUCCGAAAACAGACAAGGGAUCUCCGAAGGUGCGUAAGGAAUCGCCAAAGACGGGCUCUCCAAAGGUGGGUAAGGAGUCGCCGAAGACGGAAAAGAAAUCACUGGAGAAAACGGCUCCGACACUUGUUAUAGCCAUCAAGGACGACAGCUCCCCAAAAAAUCCUUCCGCCUCAAAUCCAUCGAAAGACGGCUCUUUCUCUGAUUCCGCACCACCAGCUGACGAACCCAAGAGCAUGUUUCAUUGCUUCAGUUCAUGUUCAUUCUGGGGGUUAUGUUGAAGCGAUACUCUUAUUCACAUCCCCCACCUUCACAUUUCCGCUAUUUGUGACUUUUGAUCCAACUCUCCGUCACCAUGUCCCUCGUCGCUGUAAAUGCGACUGAGCACGUCGAAUACAGGAGCUGGGAGAUACGAGGCGGCUGGGUUAUUCGAUGCCCUGAGUUAUCUGUGUUCCAUUUCCACCCUACUCAGACAAACGAUUGUACAAAUACUUCAAAGCCAGGAUGCACUUGUUAUGUGCUUCCCUUGUGCUUCAUUGAUUUCAAACAUGCUUAUCUAUCCGGCCGCAAGUAUGAGGAUACGAGGUAGUGUGGACUCUUCUCCAGUACACGCGCUUGUACCAGGGAGCCUUCUCCCGGACGCGGACAAAAUCACAACGAGGAAAUCCAUACGAGAAAGACGACAGGCACUACAAACAAAACAAAGAUGAGCCACUUUUCGAGGAGCUACAAUCCCAGCAGUGAUUUUCGGAACACACUACCGCUGGGCAUCAUCGAGGUGGUAGAACAAACAAAGCAGGGAUUGGGAGUGAUGAUCCUGCUGCUACGUCUGGUGAUCGGCGUUUACAUGCCUGCAUAUUUUAUUCACUCAUUUAUGCGAUCCUGGUGGAUGUUGUAUCUGUUGCAAAUAAAUGAAUUUACCACAAUAUUCAAUCAAAUAAAUGUUGAGUGCAUAAAUUUUAAA